AUGAACCAUAUAGACGCUGAGCCAGCGUCCAGGAGAAGUACACAACUCCUAAUCGUCUUGAUCCUUUUAGUCUGCGUGAUUGUUACAGUUGUCCCAGCUGUGCUAGUGACUUCCUCUAGAAGAAAUAAUGAGGACUUUACAACAGCAUCGAAUGAAACAAACACAACCGCAAACGGUACAUUCUUCAGUUCCAACGGUACCAGCUUCACGGAUGCCCCAACUGAAACUCCUAGUGAAGCAACAACACACUUGCCGACUAGAUUGCCAACCCGGUCUCCAACAGCCAACCCAAAUCCAAGUGGACUACCAACCAUCACUCCAAGCGCAUCUCCCUCCCUUGAACCAAGUGCAUCGUCCACAUCAAAGACACCCACAGUGUCACCAACGUGGACGCCCAGUACCUCUACUCCAACUGCUCACCCCACAAUAGCACCUUCAAAUAUCCCAUCCACAGUAAUGCCAACCAAAACACCGACAGCAGCACCCACAAGCAAGAAUCCCACAACAGCACCAAGUGCAUCGUCGACCUCAAAGACACCCACGCUGUCACCAACUUGGACGCCCAGUACCGGUACUCCAACUGCUCACCCCACACUAGCACCUUCGAAUAUCCCAUCAACACAAAUGCCAACAGCAGCACCCACAAGCAAGAUUCCCACAGCAGCACCUACCACGUUGGAUCCAAUCACAAUACCGACUGCGCUUCUUGAUUUACAAUUCGCAACUAUAGUCGACAGCUUUGUUGUUCUGGACACAAUCGCUCAUGCUCCUGAUGCAUUCACACAAGGUCUUACCUUUGACCCGGAAGACAGUGCUGUUGUGUACGAAUCUACGGGCUUGACCGGAAGAUCGAGUGUACGAAAGGUUGACAUUGCAUCUGGUGAGGUGCUUCUCAAAGUAGACACACCUCCAGAAGUGUUUGGCGAGGGAUUGGCGUACUAUACAUCAGAAUCAGACGGUCGCUUGAUUCACAUAACUUGGAAAAGCCGAAGAGGGUUCAUCUUUGAUGCCGAUACCUUGGAUAUGUUGGAACAAUUCACCUACUCAACACAGACAAACGAGGGGUGGGGCAUAACCUACGUCCCCACUUUGGACCAGUUCCUCGUCACAGAUGGGUCCAACGUGCUGCAUUUCUGGGAUCGGGACCUUCGGGAAGUUGGGCGCCUUGCUGUCACAAUGAGAACUUCGGCUGUAUCUAUACCAGAACGUGUCUUCAAUCUGAAUGAAAUCGAAUGGGACAAUGAAACUGGAACCUUAUUGGCCAACAUUUGGCAGACAGACAAUAUUGUUCGAAUUGAUAUCACAACUGGAGCUGUCUUGACAUUGUAUGACUUGGCCCAACUCUAUCCAAACCGACCAUUCUCUGCCGAUGUGUUGAAUGGCAUAGCGAUUAAUCCCGAGAAUGAACUUUGGGUAACGGGAAAGCUCUGGCCAACAAUGUUCAAGAUCGAAUUCAUCGAGAGAUAA